AUGGCCAACACAAGUUUACGGCGGCAGCCGCAAAAGGGCUUCCGUCAAGGCGGCAAGAAGGCUUACCAUGGCUCUCGACCAGCACAGCGAACAUUUGCUGCCGCGUCCGGCGGCCGUGCCGAGGGAACCUCAGCCGACGAGAAGUGGGAACGCACCCACCUGGCCCACAGCAUUGACGAGAAGAUGGGUUUUGCCCGCUUUGAAGCCGGGCGCCGGCGCGAAGGUUGGCUCGUCAACGUGCAGCCUACGUCGAUCGAAGACGAUCGGAUAGAAGGCGGGGGCGGCCGAGCCGCCGUCGAUCUAUACUUCAUAGAUUCGGGGACUGACGGCAGCGAUGAAGAUACUACAUUCAAAGCGACUGUCGAAUACGAGCCAUACUUUCUUGUAGCUGUCCGCAAAGGCCACGAGACUGAGGUGGAGGAGUGGUGCAAGCGUGUGCCAGGCGGCGGCGGCCUCGUGAAGCGCAUAAAACGCAUCGAGAAAGAGGAUUUACAGAUGCCAAACCAUCUCUUGGGCUUCCGACGCUCCUUUCUAGAGUUACGCUUCGACAAUGUGCAGAAUCUGUUGGCAGUGCGCCGUGAUAUUCUGCCAAUUGCGGACAAGAACAAAAAGGGCAUGAACGCCAUGGACACCUAUGCAGAAAUGGCAGCGUCGACUAAUGCCUUUGACCUGUUUGACGACGCACGCGAUGACGAAACGCGGCUGCCGACUUCUGUUGCAGAUGCUAGCGAGUUUGUUGUCGAUAUCCGAGAAUACGAUGUCCCGUACCAUGUGCGAGUCUUGAUUGAUAUGGACAUACGAGUGGGAAAAUGGUACUUCGUUGAGGCGAAACAUGGCACCCUCUCUGUUACCAUCAACGAGAAACGUUUGGCCAUGGCAGAUCCGGUGGUCAUGGCCUACGAUAUUGAGACCACCAAGCUCCCACUCAAGUUUCCUGAUGCCGCCAUCGACCAGGUCAUGAUGAUAUCGUACAUGAUUGACGGGCAGGGAUUUUUGAUCACCAACCGCGAAAUUGUCUCCGAGGACAUUUCCGACUUUGAGUAUACGCCACGUCCAGAAUACCAAGGCCCCUUUAUGAUCUUCAACGAGCCUGAUGAGAAAGCUGUUCUCGAACGAUUCUUCCUGCAUAUCAAGGAGGCCCGGCCUACAGUCAUUGCUACCUACAACGGUGACUUUUUCGAUUGGCCCUUUGUCGAAGCUCGUGCUAGUGCCAACGGCAUCGACAUGUACCAUGAGAUCGGCUGGCGCCGCGACACUGACGACCAGUACAAGUGCAACUAUUCCGUCCACAUGGAUUGCUUCCAUUGGGUCAAUCGAGACAGCUACCUGCCCCAGGGAAGCCGUGGUCUCAAGGCCGUGACUGUAGCCAAGCUGGGCUACGACCCAGAUGAGCUGGACCCAGAACUCAUGACACCCUACGCUUCAGAACGGCCACAGACACUGGCCGAGUACUCCGUGUCCGAUGCCGUUGCCACAUAUUAUCUCUAUAUGAAAUACGUUCACCCUUUCAUCUUCUCGCUCUGCACAAUCUUGCCGCUUGGUCCCGAUGACGUCUUGCGGAAAGGUACUGGUACUCUGUGCGAGAUGCUGCUCAUGGUUCAAGCAUAUAUCCAUGAGAUCGUUCUGCCCAACAAGCAUGUAUCACCCAAAGAGGCCUUUUGGGAGGGACACCUGCUGGACGCCGAGACAUAUGUCGGCGGCCACGUUGAAAGUAUUGAGGCUGGCGUGUUUCGAGCGGACAUUCCUGUCAAUUUCGCCGUUGAUCCGAAAGCGUGCGAUGAGCUGCUACGGGACCUCGAUGCUGCUCUCAAGUUCAGCAUCACCAUAGAGGAGAAAAAAUCCAUGGACGACGUCACCAACUACGAUGAGGUGAAAGAGCAGAUUGCCGCAUGUCUGACAACACUCAGAGACACCCCAAACCGCCUCGAACGCCCGCUUAUCUACCAUCUGGAUGUUGCCUCCAUGUACCCCAAUAUCAUGACAACGAAUCGAUUACAGCCGGACUCGAUGAUCAAUGAGUCGGAUUGCGCCACAUGUGACUUCAAUCGACCCGGAAAAACAUGCGACAGACGCCUUCCUUGGGCUUGGCGUGGAGAGUAUAUUCCCGCCAAACGAGACGAGUACAACAUGAUCCGACAUGCCAUUGAAAACGAGAAGUUUCCAGGAAAGUAUCGCAACGCGCCAACGCGCACAUUCCAGGAACUGCCGGCAGACGAGCAGGCGGCGCUCAUCCGCAAACGCCUACAGCUCUACUCGCAGAAAAUCUAUCACAAGAUUCACGACUCAACCACUAUCGUCCGCGAGGCUGUUAUCUGCCAACGAGAGAACCCGUUUUAUAUUGACACUGUUCGCGACUUCCGUGAUCGUCGUUACGAUUACAAAGGGAAAGCAAAAGUGUGGAAGGGGAAAACGGAGGCUCUCAAGUCGUCUGGUGCUUCUGCUGCUGAGGUCGACAAUGCCAAGAAGAUGAUCAUUUUGUUCGACUCGCUGCAGCUGGCUCAUAAGGUCAUUUUGAAUUCGUUUUAUGGCUACGUCAUGCGAAAAGGCUCACGCUGGUAUUCUUUGGAGAUGGCCGGCGUAACCUGUCUGACUGGUGCCACAAUCAUUCAGAUGGCCCGGGAGCUGGUUGAACGUCUGGGCCGUCCGCUCGAGCUUGACACUGAUGGUAUUUGGUGCAUGCUGCCAUCAUCAUUUCCGGAAAACUUUGCUUUCAAGCUGAAGAACGGCAAGAAAUUGACCAUCUCGUAUCCUUGUGUAAUGCUUAAUCAUCUGGUGCACGCCCGAUUCACGAACCAUCAGUACCAGACCCUGGUCGAUCCCAAGGCGUUCAAGUAUGAGACUCACAGCGAUAACUCCAUCUUCUUUGAGGUCGACGGACCGUAUAAGGCCAUGGUUCUACCGACGUCAAAGGAAGAAGACAAGAACCUGAAGAAGCGAUAUGCCGUUUUCAACGAUGAUGGCAGUCUGGCUGAACUCAAGGGUUUCGAGGUCAAACGUCGGGGUGAACUCAAGCUCAUCAAGAUCUUUCAGCAGCAGAUUUUCAAGUUCUUCCUCGACGGUACAACCCUGGCUGAAUGCUAUGCUGCUGUGGCAAAGGUGGCCAACAGGUGGCUAGACGUGUUGCAUAGCAAAGGAGCAACACUAGCUGACGAGGAACUCAUGGAGCUCAUUUCUGAAAACCGCAGUAUGGCAAAGACAUUGGAAGAGUACGGAACACAGAAAUCGACGUCGAUCACCACAGCUCGCCGCCUGGCCGAUUUUUUGGGCGAGCAAAUGGUAAAAGACAAGGGGCUUAACUGCAAAUUCAUCAUUUGCUCGCGACCGCGAAACGCACCUGUCACGGAACGUGCUAUACCCGUGGCCAUCUUUUCCGCCGAAGAGCAAACAAAGCGCCAGUACCUCAAGAAGUGGUUUAAAGAGGAGCCUGCCGAUACCGACCCGCGUGCUCUGCUAGAUUGGGACUAUUACCUCGAGCGUCUGGGCUCUGUCAUCCAGAAGCUCAUCACUAUUCCGGCAGCCCUGCAGAAGGUCAGAAAUCCCGUUCCGCGCGUGGCUCACCCAGAGUGGCUGCAGCGGCGAAUCAAUAUCAAGGACGACAAGAUGAAGCAGAAGAAGCUCACAGAUCUCUUCGCCAACCCCAAAGCCACUUCCAUCUCUGCGGGCGGUCCCUUGGGAGACAUCACAAAUCUGAACAAUGGGAUUUUAUCUCGCGUUACAGCAACGGUCACGGUGGCAGCAGAUAUGGAAGACUUCGGGGCGGCUAGUCAAAAUCUACUGAAGCCAAAGACGACUGCCGAGGCUAUUGCCGGGAUGAUGGCAGCAGAUGCAACGGCUGCGGAUAAUGCGGUUACCGUCCAAAAACGGAAGUUCCCUCCAGAAGCUGGCGUCGCAGACGCCUCCCUUGACCCUAUGGCCUCUUUGCCCAAGGUUAUGCCCUCACCCAGCGAAGACUACGUCGCAUUUCUUCAGUACCAAAAAAAGAAAUGGGCCAUCCAAAAGCAGGCGCGAAUUCGCCGGCGACACCUCUUUGGAGACCGCAGCAAUAGCACCCUCCAAAAGAGCAGCAACAUCCAACAGUCUUUUCAGCACCGGGCCGAGAUCACCUUCCGCAACACGUGGCAGCUAUUGCAACUGCGGCUGUCUGAGAGCCCUGGUAUCGUGUCGGCUUUUGUACUGAUCGACUCCCGCAUACACAGCCUGAAGAUCAAGGUGCCUCGCCAAGUAUUUUUAAACCUCAAGAGCAGAGAGCUUCCGGAUAUCGAAAUCGAUGGUUGCGAGGUUGAGCAGGUCAACCACACGCUGCCAAAUGGACACUCGUCGGUGCACCUGUUCAAACUGACUGUGCCGGAGGAGGUGUACUUUGCUGAAGCCGAGAAGUUUUCUCUGCUUUUCAAUCACCCGAGCAUUGAGGGGGUGUACGAGCGGCAGCUUCCCCUGAACAUUCGCGCCCUUCUGCGGCUGGGCAAUCUGUGCACGAUCGAUGAAGCUCAGCAAGGUGUGCUUGGCAAAGGUCUCGACCAGGGCUUUGACCUGGCAGGCCUGAAGCGGCCCACAAAGCACCUCAAGCCAUACCUUGAUCCGACCACAAUGGCAUAUAUUUAUGUUUCACACAUCAGCUCCGGCGAACGGCAAAUUUUCGGGCUUUUCUCCACAACGAACAGUCAGGCGCAUAUUGUCAUACUGAACAAGCACCGGGACAAUGCGCAGGACAUGCCCAAUGUCGGGAAAAUCUACAACGAUAUGCUAGGCCGGCGAAGGGGUGUCGAAGCCGAGGCCAAGGCUGCAGCAUCAGCGUCUCAGACAGUCCGCAUGUCGGCUGCAGACAAGGAGGCUGCGAAGGCUGCGGAAGCAGCAGCGACCAACUGGCGAGACUGCUUUCCCUACCAAGAGGCGCUGGCUUUCAAGAUCACGCAGGUCACGACGCGGCGCAAGGUAUAUCUUGAGAUCGGUGACAUUGUCAAGAAGAUGCACAAGGAGGAGAUUGGACGGCCGCAGAUGCUUGUUGUCCAGUCCUCGCAGCGCAACAUGCUCGUGCACGACAUUCCCGUGCUCGGCGAGUUUCCGGUGCUACCGCUGAAGUACGACCCGCUGGACAGCUCGUUGCCGCCACUGGGUUGGCAGUCUGUCGUAGCACGGCGGUUGGUUAACCAUUACUUGGCGCUGGGAUCGUGGGUGCUGCACCUUGUUGGUCUCGCACGCUACGGCGAUGUCCCCGUCUGCAAUCUGGAGCGCGACGAUCCGCGCUUCAUUAUUGAUGUGGCGUAUGCACGUCGCCUGCAGAACAACAACGUCGUGCUCUGGUGGUCCGGCAGUCCACGGCCAGAUCAUGCUGGCUAUGAGAAGGACGAUGUCGUCGGGCCGCUGGAGACUGUAGCCCUGCCGACUGUCAACAACCCGGGCACUUUCGCGUCUGUCUGCAUCGAUAUUGACGUCCGCAACCUCUCCAUCAACACCAUUCUGACAUCGUCUCUGAUCAAUGAGCUAGAGGGUGCGGAUGCUGCGGUUUCGUUUAACCCAGCAGCUGAUGCAGCAGGGGGCGAGGAUGGCGCAGGUGAUGGCGGAUCGGGCUCGUUGUACUCGGAAAACGCAUUCUCAAACGCUAGUAUUCUCGUCUUGCGCGAGAUGGUCAAGGCUUGGUGGGCUGAGGCCUGCAAAGGCAACGCCAUGGCCGAUCUGGUGGUAAACAACCUGGUGCGCUGGGUCGAGAAUCCAGACUCGUUUCUGUAUGAUCGUGCGCUGCACUAUUACGUACAGAUGAUGUCGCGCAAGGCCUUUCAGCAGCUCAUGGCUGAUUUUCGGCGUGUCGGGUCUCAGGUGAUCUUUGCCAGCGCAAACCGGCUACUGCUGCAGACGACAAAGGCAGAGGUGGACAACGCAUACGCCUACAGCCAGUACGUUCUCAAGAGCAUCAAGAGCCGGCCGCUCUUCAGCUUCAUCGAGAUGGACGUCAAAGAGUACUGGGACUAUCUUGUGUGGUAUGACGAGUAUAACUAUGGCGGCAAGGCGUGCCAGACUAUCGAGGACGUGCCCCCGGGCUCGCUGCAGCCACUCGAGACGAUCAUGCACUGGCAGAUGAACACGUUUCUACCAGUGCGGUUGCAGCCCGUCUUCUCGGACUGGGUUAUCGAGUUCAUUCAGCUGAUGCACUCCCUCAAGCGGCCGGCUAUUGCCGACGACGGCAGCACGCAGCGUCUAACCCAAAUACCCCUCGCGGUGCUGCGAGGCGGAAGUAGUUCCAACAGCCAGACUACGCUCGGUGGCAUCAGCAUGGCCGGCGACGGAAACGGCAGCUCAGAGGUAGGUCCGGUAAUUCUCGGGCCAAAAUUCGAAAAACCGUUGAAAAGAGCGAUCGCUGGCCUCAUCACGGCGCGGAAUCGGGAGAUGCUUCAUCCGGAGCUGGCCAACGACUACGACUUUCCGGUUCUCCCGGGCUCGCUGGUGUGGUCAAAGGGCACCUCCUCGGUACCUUCGAAAGCGUCACAGUCACGAAACCCGGUCCUCGAGCUAGUCAAGGCGCUGAUGCAGGUGUUGUCGCUGGAUAAGAAUAUUGCUAUGGAGGCUCGACUACUGCGCAAGGAGCUGCUUGCCAUGUUUGAUGUGCGCGAAUUCAGUCGGGAGGGUGCGUUCCAGAAUCCAUCGGAAAGCCUACGGGUGUCCCAGUUAAGCUGCGACAACUGCACCAUGGCCCGCGAUCUCGACUUCUGCCGUGACGAGACCCUGCUUCCGGAACUGGGGCCGGAUGGCCGUCGGGACGCCUCAUCCAUGAAGCCGUGGAUUUGCACGUUCUGUCAGGCCGAGUACGACCGCAUUGCAUUGGAGGAGCGCCUUGUGGCUGCUGUAGAAGCCAUUGCCAUAGAAUGGACAGUUCAAGACCUCAAAUGUGGGAGGUGUGGCGCCCUGCGUGUCAACGACUUUAUGGACCACUGCACGUGCUCAGGCGACUGGGGCCCGACAGUGCGGCGGGAGGAUAUAUCUCGUCUGCAUAUUUAUCGGAACGUGGCUCGCUUCUAUGGCCUGCGGAUGCUAGGCGAUGUUGUCCAGGAGGUUCUUGGUGGGCUAUGA